AUGGGGAAGGCUGCACCCACCGCACCACCACCACCACAAGUCCCAGAGGAAACGAUUUCUCAACCGUCUACCGCUCAUGCAGAAGCCAAACUAGUUACUGGCGAACCAGACAAAAACAUCGCGGUGGCCGAAGAACAGGAACACGGUACAAAUCUGGUUGCGGAGAUGGAGCAGGUUACGCUAGUUGAGGGGGAAACCCCUGUUAUCUCUGGUGUUGAUGUAGUCGAGGGGGCAACCACUGUGGUGUUUGAAGAAGUCAGAAAGGGGGAAACCCCAGUUGUUGGUGAGUUGGAGGAGGCAACCCCUGGUAUUUCUGACGAUUGUGUUGGGGAAGAGACCACAGAAAGGAUAUCGGGCGGAGAUGCCCUAAUUUCUGAGAAAAUGGUUGCUGAGGAGAAAACCCCUGUUUACAUUGAGGGGGCAACCCCUAUUUUGUCUGUGGAGGGGGAAGCCCUCAUUACUGACGACGGAUCAGAGCCCAAGGAGAGCGGGCUGGAAUUGGAGAUCGAGGAUCUCGCUGUGCCCGCAGGAGAGGAAUUCCACGUCUUAGGAACGGAGUGUGAGCUAGAGAAAGAAACCCUUGGAUCUGACGGGGAAGCAGACGAAGAGGAGGAGCGCCGUCUGGCGGCCGAACAGAAAAGGAAGGGAAAGCAAGCUGCUGCUUCCCGGGUCAAGAAGGCUAAGACGACUGCAGGAAGCAAAUCUGAGGAAGUUUCGCUCCCGACCCCAACUAAGGUUCCUUUCGCCAAGGAACCUGCCGGCCCUCCUUCGUCUAGCGAGUCUGAUGAGGACGAAAUCGAAGUGCCCGAGGAGAUAUUGAACUUGAGCCAGAAGAAGUCUGGCUAA